GCGUAAGGAAGUGUUAGGCUUUGAAAAAGUUACAAGAAGAGGAGAUGAAGUUACAUCAGAGCCACUCUGGUUUAAGAACAUGGUGCCAGGCCCACCUAGCAGAAUUAAACCAUCAACAAAAAGACAAAAAAAUCACUAAUGUGAGGUGAGAAUAAAAUGUUAGUGCAAGAGAGAGAAGGCUCCUGUGCUGCAGGAAUCCCUGGAUGUGGAAUGAACUGGGACUGUGGUUUGCGGGAGAAUUCAGCCGUCUACAGCCUUUUCUGCUUUUGGCUCAGAUUUUCUGGUGAAAUGUUCAGAAAAUAAGGACUGAGGCCAUACAAUGCACAGCAGCAGAUCGAAAUGCAACAGGUAUUGGCAAAGUCCCCUGUUACCAAGAGGCUUGAUUCGAGGGGCUGAGAUGGCUCAGUAGUUACAGUGCUUGCUAUAAUCUUUAAUCGCAGUUAUGUUUUUCUUCACGCAGUGACAGAGAUCCAAAAGCCCUGCCUUGGCACACUCUCUGUUCAACCCAAGUCCAAAAACAUGAUCUCACGAGGCAAGAUUUUAACCUGGUUUUGUAAGAGGCAAUGAUGAGUCUGUCGUAAUGUGUUUAUGUUUACACCUCAUCUGCUGUCUGUUCUACCUUCCUUCCCACGCUUCAAUUUUAUCCAAAUGGCCAAGCUUGCCAGAGAGUUGGGAAUAUCCAAGAUGCCAGGACUGGGAAUAUCCAAGAUACGAGGACUAGGAAUAUCCAAAAUACCAGGUUCCUACAAGUGUUAUGAAAAAAAAACCACAAACCCAACCAGCCAGGAAGAGGAGGGCAAAUUUGGCAAUGACUCCGGAUGGAGAUGUGAGUGCAAACUCAACUUCACAAGCCACUGGAGAACCCACACAGGAGUCUGCCGUGGCUGUGUGGAUCCCUCUUCAGCCACAGAGCAACUACUCUUUGGUUCUUUCAAAUCAGCAAAAUCAGGAUCAAUUUUAAAAAGGUUUUGAGCCACUGGCUCAGCAAUGAGCUCAUUCCUUUUUAGGUCACUUAAAAGUUGGGGUCUGCACCGUGGACCCACAUAGUCAGUGGGCUGCCAUGUCCUGCUGUGCCCACCCAGAAACAUGGAGUCCCCAAGCCCUCCAGAAGACAGUCCCUGUGGCUCUACCUUUCCUGGUACCACAGUGCAUAAUAUUAUUUUAAUCUUGUCUGCUGUCAGCUGUCAAGUCAAUGAUUAAUCCCUUCCAAGGACAUCUUCCAAAAGGCUGACCAAGCGGUGCAGCCCACAGAAAGGAGGUUCAAGGGACAAUUGCACAAGACUCGAACCAAAACCAACAAACCAAAACCAACCUAAAAAAAAAAAAAGGAAAAUAAAAAGACAUUUUUGCUGUGUGUUUGACCUGAGCGUGUCCCAGGGAGCCCUAAUUAUGCACCAUGUCCCCUGAUGCCAGGCACUGCAGAAAUAGCCAGAGAGCUUCCCUUGGCCCAGUGCAGCCCCUCUGCCUUUCCUGCAGGCCCAAAGUGCCUCUUUACAUCCAUUUUGCUCAAUUUUUGCCUCAGCCAGCACAUCACACAGCCCAGGCCCCAGAGCCACCAGCCCUGGGCAGCUGGUGCGUGGUGUGUUUGGCUCUUUAGACCCCCAGCCGCCCCCAGACACCCACAGCUGCCUCAGUUCAAGGCAGGUCCCUAAGCUGAGGGAGCAGCAAAGGGGGACCCAGACCCCAAAAGCAGCUCAGGGGACACACGGGGAGAGCAAACACGUUCUGUGCAUUUGGCUUCCCCGCCCCCCCUUCAUUUUUUCUCCUCAGAAAGCGGUGCCAGCCACCCUUGCUGCCGUCGGCAGGCUGAGGCAGCGGCAUGGACACCUUGCAGGAGGUGUUUCAGAAGGUGGACAAGAUCGGGGAGGGCACCUAUGGCGUGGUGUACAAGGCUCGCAAUAAGCGCACAGGGCAGCUGGUGGCCCUCAAGAAGAUCCGCUUGGACUCGGAGAUGGAGGGCGUCCCCAGCACCACGAUCCGAGAAAUCUCACUGCUGAAGGAGCUGAAGCACCCCAACAUAGUCAGGCUCCUGGAUGUCAUACACAGCCAGAAGAAGCUCUAUCUGGUGUUUGAGUAUCUGAGUCAGGACCUGAAGAAAUAUAUGGACUCAUCCCGAACUGGAGAGCUUCCUUUAAGCUUGAUCAAGAACUACCUUUUCCAGCUGCUGCAGGGUGUGAGCUUCCUCCACUCGCACAGAGUCAUCCACAGGGACUUGAAGCCGCAGAACUUGCUCAUUAACAAUGCAGGAGCAAUUAAGCUGGCUGAUUUUGGACUGGCAAGAGCUUUUGGAGUCCCCCUACGGACAUACACUCAUGAGGUGGUGACUCUGUGGUACAGAGCCCCUGAAAUACUGUUGGGAUGCAAAUACUACUCGACCGCUGUGGAUAUCUGGAGCAUCGGCUGCAUCUUUGCAGAAAUGGUAGAAUGGGGGAAGGCCCUGUUUCCAGGGGACUCUGAGAUUGAUCAGCUCUUCCAGAUCUUUCGCACCCUGGGCACUCCCACUGAAGCGACCUGGCCUGGAGUGACCCAGCUGCCUGACUACAAGGGGGACUUUCCCCGAUGGGCAAGGAAAGAGCUGAAGGAAAUUAUUCCCAACUUAGAUCGAGAUGGUAGAGACUUGCUGAUGCAAUUGCUCCUGUAUGAUCCCAGCAGGCGCAUCUCGGCCAAGACAGCCCUCAAUCACCAGUACUUCUCCUGGAGAAGCCCUCGGAGUCCUGAAGAGCGACGUGCGCUGCAGAAACACCGCAGAUGAGAAAACACAGGCCUCCCCACGCACUUGCAGCUCCGGGUAGCAAUGCAGACCUGGUUUGGGGCAUUUAGCAGCGGGCUGGCUGGAACCCAGGGUCACUUCUGCAGAGCCUGGAGGGGGACAUUCUUGUGUUUAGAGACUCGGCCUGUUGCUGGGGGCAAGUUUGUCUGGGCUACAGCCAGUAGAGCUGUUUUGAAGAGGUUAUGUGCAAAAGGGUGGGAGGCAGUUUUCAGCAUAAAACUGAAAUGUAGAUGAGAGCAUCCUUCAGAUGUUUGUUCUUGCGUUAGUCGGUAAGAUAAGGUGACACACAGUGACGUCUGUCUGACAGACCGGAGCAUCCCCGGGUCUGUCGGUGGCAGUUUCUGACGCCAGGGCGUGCUGGAGCUCCACUUUGGGUAUGGUAGCACUUCGCUGCUCAGCUCUUUGCUGCUGUUAACAAAGACCGGGCUUGUCAGCACUAAACGAGUUCUUUAAUCUGAGCUGUUUUACAGAGCUGACGUUCUGCUGUUUCACAAGCUGAAGAGCACUGUCAGGUGUCUUAAUUUGUGCUUUAACUAGGACCAAGAAGCCAAAAGGUUCAAUUAGCAUAAAGCACUUGCUGCACGCGGCUGGAAGUGGCUAACAGCUGAAACUCUGGCUUUCUGUCAUAGGUCCAGACGUAACGCUGUUUCCUUCACUUUCUUGUCUUGGAAAUGUUUUUGCUGUUCAAAUGUUUGGAGAAUUGUCACUAACUUUUGGCGUGGUUUUGACAUAAUUUUUUUUUCUUUCAGUACAGAAAAAAAUAAAGGC